AUGCGAGCGUGUUAUAUAAGGGUUGCUCAGGUCCCACCCCAUUCUUUUUGAGGAAGACGCGGUCAUAGGUGCUGGUCACGCUCCUGCUCCUGACUCACCGCUGUUCGCUCUCGCCGAGGAACAAGUCGGUCAGGAAGCCGCGCAGCAGCCAUGGCUUUUAAGGAUACUGGAAAAACACCCGUGGAGCCGGAGGUGGCAAUUCACCGAAUUCGAAUCACUCUAACAAGCCGCAACGUAAAAUCCCUGGAAAAGGUGUGUGCUGACUUGAUCAGAGGCGCGAAAGAAAAGAAUCUCAAAGUGAAAGGACCAGUUCGAAUGCCUACCAAGACUUUGAGAAUCACUACAAGAAAAACUCCUUGUGGUGAAGGUUCUAAGACGUGGGAUCGUUUCCAGAUGAGAAUUCACAAGCGACUCAUUGACUUGCACAGUCCUUCAGAGAUUGUUAAGCAGAUUACUUCCAUCAGUAUUGAGCCAGGAGUUGAGUUGAUCGAAUCUACAGAUGCAGAACCCAUGGAUACGGAGGGCCAGCAGUACACUUUGAGAAGUGUGUUUGAAUCCCCGGGGACAUGUCCUUUUUAACUGCAUUCUCCCCCACCAAAAAAGUGACCAAGCAGGUAUAAGUGGAGAAACAGCCAAAGCUGAAGUGUAUUCUUUUUUUGUUUAAUUGUACUUCAGUGGAUGCAAAUGAAAUUUUAUCUUUUGAAAGUAAGAGGAACUACGGCUGGGCGGGGUGGCUCACACCUGUAAUCUCAGCACUUUGGGAGGCCAAGGUGGGCGGAUCACCUGAGGUCAGGAGUUCAAGACCAGCCUGGCCAACAUGGUGAAACCCCGCCUCUACUAAAAAUACAAAUAUCAGCUAGGGGUGGUGGCACACUCCUGUAAUCCCAGCUACUUGGGAUGCUGAAGCAGGAGAAUCUCUUGAACCUGGGAGGUGGAGGUUGCAGGGAGUUGAGAUUGUCGAGUACAGUGGAUUGAGUGCAGUGGAGCUGAGAUCGUCAAGUGCAGUGGAUUGAGUCCACUGCACUCCAGCCUGGGCAAUAGAGCUAAACUCAGUCUCAAAAAAAAAAAGAAAGAAAAGAGUAAGUCAGAGGCACAAAAUCAAUCCUUAUUUCCUUUAUCCUAGGAAUAAUAGCAUAUUUCACUUUCAUAGAAAUUAAACUCUUAGAGAACCAAAUCCUUCUAUACCUUUUGUUCUGUAAACUGCUAUUUAUUUACUUAUUUUUGCCUUACAUAUUGUGCAUAUCCUUCUUCAUUAACUUAAACAGAACUCACCCCAUGGAUCAUCUGAGGUCAGGAGUUCGAGACCAGCCUGACCAACAUGGUGAAACCCCGUCUCUGCUAAAAAUACAAAAUUAGCUGGGCGUGGCAGCGUGUGCCUGUGGUCCCAGCCACUCGGGAGGCUGAGGCAUGAGAAUCGCUUGAACCCGGGAGGCGAAGAUUUCCAGCCUGGGCGACAGACUGAGACUCUGUCUCCAGAAAAAAAAAAAAAAGAAAUUUUCACCAAGAGAAUAUGGAAAUUUUUAAUUUUAAAAAACACUGUCAAAUUGAUGCUUUCAAGCAACUGUGCACAUUUGUAUUCCUCCCAGGAGUCUGUACAAUAUCAUAUGUCUGAUAUACAAAAAAAAUCGCUCAUUAUUUUAGCCCUACCCUGCAUUUGUCUUUUCUUUCUGGGACUCGUAUUGAUUGCAUGACCUUCUGAAGGUCUUGUGUGUCUCUUACCUUUUUUUCAUAACUUCUCUUAAUUUUUUUUUUUUUUUUUAAACAGAGUCUUUUUCUGUCACCCAGGCUGGAGUGCAGUGGCGUGAUCUCAGCUCACUGCAACCUCUGCCUCCUGGGUUCAAGUGAUUCUCCUGUCUCAGCCUCCUAAGUAGCUGAGAUUACAGGUGUGCACCAGUGUUCCCAGCUGAUUUUUGUAUUUUAUGUAGAGAUGGGGUUAUGCCAUAUUGGCCAGGCUAGUUUCGAACUCCUGAGCUCAGGUGAUCCACACACCUCAGCAAAUAUUUUAAAUUAUGCAUUCUAUGAUAUUUCCUUGACUUUGUUAUCCAGCAUUUCUAUUGAUUAUUUUUCAUUUUAAUAAUCUCGGGUUUUUAAAAACUCCUUUAUGAUGGCAAAUUUCAAACAUACACAAAAGUAGAGAGAGAAUGGUAUAAUAAACCCACUCAGUUUUGAGGAUUGCCAACUAAUACCAGUUUUAUUUUAUGUAUGACUCCAACAACUUCCCCAACCAGCCUUCAGAUUAUUUGAAAGCAAAUUUCAGACAUCAUAUUUUACUCAUACAUUUUCUAGUAUCUAAAUCUGAAAGAAAAAGACUCUUUUUUUAACAGUUCCAUAGCAUUAAUUAUACUCAUGCUGUUGUGCAACAAAUAUCCAGAAAUCUUUCGUCUUGUGAAACUGAACCUCUUACCCAUUUAACACUAACUCCCAUUUUUUUCACCCUGAACCCUUAGCAACCACAAUUUUACUUUCUUUUUCUGUGAGUUUGAUUACUUGAUACUUCAUGUGAGUGGAAUCAUAUAAUAUUUGUCUUUUUGUGACUGACAUUUUAUUUAGCUUAACGUCUUCCAGUUUGACCCAUGCCAUAUCAUGUGGCAGGAUUUUUCUCCUUUUUUUUUUUUUUUUUUUUUUUUGAGACGGAGUCUUGCUCUGUCGCCCAGGCUGGAGUGCAGUGGCGCGAAUCUUGGCUCACUGCAAGCUCCGCCUCCCGGGUUCACGCCAUUCUCCUGCCUCAGCCUCCUGAGUAGCUGGGACUACAGGUGCCCACCACUACGCCUGGCCAAUUUUUUUGUAUUUUUAGUAGAGACACAGUUUCACCGUGUUAACCAGGAUGGUCUCGAUCUCCUGACCUCGUGAUCCGCCCAUCUCAGCCUCCCAAAGUGCUGGGAUUACAGGCGUGAGCCACCAUGCCCGGCCACGAUUAUUCUUCUUUCUUAAGGCUGAAUAAUAUCUCAAUGUAUGUAUAUAUACCACUUUUAAAAAAUUCAUUCAUUUGUUGGACAUUUAGAUUGUUCCCACCUCUUGGCUAUUGUGAAUACUGCUAUAAUAAACAUGAGUAUGCAAAUAUG